CUACCUUCUGAGCCCAUCCACGCGGAUUGGGCUACAGUGAGAGAGAUGGAGACGAGCACAAAUCACAUGAACGGGUCCGCCGAGAUCGCAAAGGGCACCACGGCAGUCAAUCCCUACGAAAUAAACCCAGAACAUAUUCCCCGAGACGAUCCCUUCCUUGCGAAAAGUACGCAGUAUGGGCGGUACGCCCCGCACACCGACGAUUUCACCCCUCACUACAAGCACUGGUAUCAGUCAGACCCCAAAGCGAACGCUUUUUGGCAGGGUGUCGCGAAGAAAUACUGCACUCCGGAGCACUCACUCUGUAUCUCCGGGCCAAGAGAGGCUUUUGCCGCAGGUAGUGUGGUCAUCAGGGUUGACCACGAACUCGCCGACGGUGCGGCUGCGGAACGAUACUCCUGCGUGAACGCGAAUGAACUGUCAGCAGCUCGCAAAGUUGAAGAUACACUGAACGAUAUCGGCGUCGCAGUCCCAGUGAUAUACUUUUGUGGGACAAUUGAGGAGAGAAACGUGACAAUUGAAUCCCGAAUCCCAGGUGUGUCGCUAGACGUUGCUUGGCGAUACCUCAGUGCCGAGAAAAUCAAUGUCUUCAAGAAUCAAUGUCGGCAGAUCCUCCAGCAGCUCAAAACGAUUGAUCGUCCCUCCGACGAACCUUCCUACGUAUGUCGCGGGCUCAAUUCGCAAACACCACCAUCUGGCACGGAGCAAGAGCGAAGCAUACUGUUUGCAGACAAGGCUGCAGAUGAGGAGUUGACCUUUACACAUAACGACUUGGUACUCGCCAAUAUCAUUGUGAAGAACGACCGGGUCGUGGGGAUCGGGGGAUGGCGACACAGCGGAUAUUUCGGACAAGCGCGCGCCCAAAAAAUUCACCAGUCAUUGAGGAAUCUCGAGCCUUCUCAAAAGGCCGAAAAUGGUGCGACAUGGAAUGAUCUCUACGAAGCUUCUUAUGACUCCAGCAAGAGUGCGCCAUUGGUCAGAAGUUUGGACACUGCUCUACCACCUGUGAAAUCCGAGCCAAUGAGCUCGACCCUGGACACAUUCCCUGCCAGCGAUGACCUGGAAACGAAAUCGUUCGGGUGGGAUGGAAAUGAUCAACCGACCUCGAAAACACUCGCGAAUCUCAAAAAUGGCCCUUCCUCACGCGCAUCAUCGUCUGACCGAUCAUCUCCGGCGAACUCAGUGAAGCCUGCGACAAAUAAAAAAGCAUCCGCUGCUACUAAGAAGGGCACGGCGAAGAAGCCCGCAUCAAAGAAACGCAAGCAGAAUGACGACGCCGACAGCGUUGACGGACGCUCCAAUACACCUGUAUCACGCACGGGCAAAACACCUGGGAGAAAACAGGGCUCUGUAUCCGUUGCCGGGUCACCACCACCAGAGAAGAAGAAGAGAAAGAAGCCUAGCAGGGCCGCUAUCAACCCGGAAGAUGAAGAUGAUUCAUUCGAAGACGAAAACGUAGUAUUUUGCAUUUGCCGACGACCUGAUAACCAUACAUGGAUGGUCGGAUGCGAUGGAGACUGCGACGACUGGUACCAUGGAAAAUGUGUCAAUAUUGAUCCCCGAGACGCCGAUUUGAUCGAUAGGUAUAUAUGCCCGAACUGCAACAAGCGCGGUAAAGGUGUCACAACAUGGAAACCGAUGUGCCGUCUCUUCGAAUGCCGCAAACCGGCGCGCGUCACCCGCCAAAAUCCUAGCAAAUACUGCUGCGAUGACCACGGCCGCGAGUUCAUGCGGCAACAGACCCGCCAUCUCAAGCUGGGAUCAACCCGAAAAGGUCUGGAAGACUUGGGUAGCAUGGGUGGGAACCUCACAGCUGGCGAUCUCAAGGCCGCAAUCAUGGGCGCCACAUCAGUUCAAGAAUUCCGCAGACUUGGUGAUAGAAUCAUUUCUCCGCUACCAGAAUCGACUAAGGAGGAAAGUCCCAAUACAGAGGUCAAGUGCGAGACACCGCAGGCCGGUGACAAGCUCGGCGACAUCGAAGCCAACGACAUCGACUAUUCACCGGACGAAAAAGCAAGGCUUGAGAAGCUCCGCAAACUCAGUGAGGAACUCCUACAUCGCAAAGAGAUGCUCGCAGCCCGCUCGACAUUCGUGGGUCUUUUGCGCCAGCGAGCAAAGGGCGUAGUCGAGAAGCUGAAGGCGAAUGAACCGAAAGGCGGAUGGAAAGAUAUCUGCGGCUUCGAUUCUCGCCUUGCCUGGUCCGACGAGGAAUUCGAUGAGUGGCGAUUAUCGGAAGCCGGCAAGAAAGCCCUCGUCGAGGGUACAGUCGAGGCACUCGCAGCGAGCUACCCUACAAACACCGACGGCGACGGUGACACAGCCAUGGACAACGACGAAGACGAAGUGGCAUUCUGGACCCGCGGCAUCUGCACGAAGAAGCGAUGCGAACGGCACAAGCAGUGGAUCAAAGUGCAGCAGCAAGACAUCAUGUUCGAAGAGAACACGGCAGACCAAGAUCUCAGCAAAUACGAGUCCGAAGUUCGGUCCGUGGCUGAGAAAGCCGUGUUGAGGAAAUGGGCCGAGAAGGAGAAUAUGCCUUCUGAGCCGUAG